GGUGGGACUCUGUGGUAACCUGUGUGAGUACACGGUCCCGGCUGUCGGGGGAGUCUCUUCGGUCCCAGGGACUGCAGUACAGACGGGGAAAGAGUCUCAGAGCCGGAGACAGCCCAUGGCCAGAACUGUCCCCAAGUGUAGCGUCUGCUGGCUGAGUCACUCGCUGCUGUGGAGUUCUGCGUGUGGCGGCAAAAUUCAGCAGCCCUGCAAAUCGGCUGCAUCUCGAUCUGGGAUGGAGCAGCAGGAUGGGGCGGGGAGCCCCGAGGACAGCCAGGAGGAAGAGGAGGAGCAGGCAGCACCCCACGUCAGCUUCUCUCAGUUCUCCUCCAAGCUCACGGCCAUGAUGCGAAUCCGCAACAAGUACCUGGCGCUGAAGAGGCGGCGGGCGGAGAUGGCGGCUGGCCUGGCGUCCCAAGGGGCUGUCCCGCCACGCUCCACCAGCCCCAAGAUCUUCACCUUCGACGGCGUGAUGACUGGCAGCCUGGCCUUCCCGCGAAAGAGGAAGAAGAGGAAGAAGAGGCGGGUCCUCUACCCUAGCGGCUAUAAGCCGCAGACCAGGCCCGCCAAGGAGAGGAGCCGUGCAAAGAGCUGCCUGCUCCUGCUCAUGUUCAUCGUCUUCCUGCAGGUCUACAAUGCCAUCGAGAACCUGGACGACCACCUGCUCAGGUACGACCUGGAGGGGCUGGAGAAGACCGUGAAGCGGGAGGUGUUUGGCCAGCGGGAGGCCGGUGAGCAGCUGCUGGAGCACCUGGGGGACUACCUGUCCACCUACGUCCACAACAAGCCCCUGGUCCUGUCCCUGCACGGCCCCACAGGGGUGGGGAAGAGCCACCUGGGCCGCAUCCUGGCCCGCCACUUCCGCUCGGUCCUCGGCGAGCAGCUGGUCCUGCAGUACUUUGCACUCCACCACUGCCCCCUGGAGGAGGAGGCCCAGAACUGCGCCCAGGACCUGUCCCACAGCGUGUCCCAAACGCUGAUGCUGGCCGAGGAGGAGGAGAAGAUUCCCGUCUUCAUCUUCGAUGAGGUGGAGUUCAUGCACCGGCCGCUCCUGGAUGUGCUCCACCACCUCUCCCGCCCGGGCCAAUCCGCCGAGUUCCUCAACGCCAUCUACGUGCUCAUCGGGAACCUCGGCCACGAGGAGAUCACCAAGUUCAUCCUGCACAACUCCUCCAGCGAGGCCUCCAUGGGCCAGGCCAGGCUGGGCCAGGACUUUAGGCCAGUGCUGCGAAGCGCCCUGGAGAAGCACCACCCCCUGUGGGGCGAGGCGGAGACUGAGCUGGUGCCCCUCGCCCUGCUGGAGAAGAGCCACGUCAUGGACUGCUUCCUGGACGAAAUGACGCGGGAGGGCUUCUACCCCGACCACGCCCACAUCGAGCGCCUGGCGGCGGAGAUCGCUUACCACUCUGUGGGGCAGAGGCAGUUUUCCCAGACAGGGUGCAAGCACGUGGUGGCCAAAGUCAACCUACUGUGAGACCUCUUAAUGAAGGUGUGUGAAGAAGGCAAAGUGUGUGCGUAUGCCUGUGCGUGUUUGUGCGUGUCUACAACACUAUUACUGCACCACUAAACAUUCCGGAUAGGGAUUACUCCACCACUAAAUACUCCGGACAGGGAUUACUGCCCCACUAUCUACUCCACACAGGGAUUACUCCACCGCUACCCACUCCGGACAGGGAUUACUCAACCGCUACCCACUCCAGACAGGGAUUACUGCCCCACUACCCACUCCACACAGGGAUUACUGCCCCAUUACCCACUCCACACAGGGAUUACUCCACCGCUACCCACUCCAGACAGGGAAGUCACUAGAUUCCCACUGGGCCACCUCAGAAUGGGGGAGCUGUCAUGGCAACCAGAGACAGGGUGACAUAGGGGAGCCCUGUGCUUACAGGGGUCUCUAAAUGUGCUGGGGGAGGGAGAACAUGACAAGGCUUUUCAUUUCCAGAUCCAUAAGAACAAAAUUUUACUGCGCUAUACAAGUGUAUGAAACACAGCUGUAAAAACAUCUGACCUACCUUCAGACUUUCUGAACCUAAUACACACUGAUGAAUGUGUGAUUGCAUGAAGAAUUACAGUAUUACUGCUAUUUGGUAAAUGGUAAAUGGACUGCAUUUUAUAUAGCGCUUUUAUCCAAAGCGCUUUACAAUUGAUGCCUCUCAUUCACCCAUUCACACACACACUCACACACCAGUGGUGAAAGGCUGCCAUGAA